UCCCGGUUAAACGUUUGGAUACAUAGUUUGAUAGCACAGGAUCACAGACAGGGAGUUAUGGUUUAGAAGCCAUUGGAAGCGUUAUGCAUUUUGAUCAUGUAAUUUGGACAUACACUAUAAUAAACACCUGAUCCACUGUAGAAGCUGCUCUUCUUGUCUGAGAGGGAUGAUUAAGGAUGUAAAUUGUUUCCAGGUCAAAGAAGCAACAUAAAAAGACAACACAGCACCGAAGCACUGUCACAAUUUUCAAGUCUGCAACAAUAUCAGCCAGUGCCCUGGUACGAAAAUACACUAUCGUCUGUUAAUUUGUUUUCCUUUUUUCUUAUUCAUUUUGACAUUAACGCUGCACCUUUUAGAUUGGAUUUAAUUACGAAGUACUAAGGCGGACAAGAUGCCUAGUUCCUAGACUUCCACAUUUUAUAUUAAAUAACUACUGGAGCUCUAAAUGGGAUUGGGGAAAGAAGGUCUUCUUGAAUAUUUAUGAACUGCUUCUCCGAACGUCACUGCGCAGAAGAGCUCUCUGUCUGCGUUAGGCGCUCACAGAGACUGCGAGAGAGGGAGAGGUAGAGGGAGGGAGCGAGCGAGAGAGAGCGCUUGCAGAAGAGAAGCGUUGGUUUGUACACCAUGCAGAAGGCGUUAAGCAUCAGCACCGUAUCCCAGCAUCAGAGAGCAGAACCUUUUCAACUUUCACCCACCCAAUCCCGGCACGUCGGUCUUUCCUCGUUGCGCGAUUGACUUCGGUUAUAAGAGAUAAGAAACAGCGAGAAAUAAACCCAUUCACAUACAAAAAAAUCUGAAGCGUUCGCUAAAGGAUUGUGUGACUAAAGACGCCUGUGAAAAAGGGGGAAUGUUGAUGCUCUGCUUCCGAAGUCCUUUUGCAAAUCAGAAGAUUGCCAUACCUCAGUGAGGAAACUGAAGGACUGAAAUAUUAAUGGUAUUUUCGAAUAUACAGAACCUGACAUAUAUGCACGUUUUAAUUUGCAGAAGCCCGUUGCAACAGAAAGCAGAGCUUCGCUUGCUCCGCGAUCUUCAGCUAUCUUUACAGUCCGCUACAGCGUGAACGGUUUGCUGUAUGCAAAUUAUCAUGUGGGGACAUAGCGGGAUCUGAAAGAAAUCAGGAAAUCAUCUAGCAACCUCAUCAACCUUGAACUUGUUUUUUUUUUUAGCAAGAAUCAGUUUUCCUAUCGUCUUGAAACCUGACACGCUGAUAACAUUUUGUUCACCUUUAGCCCCGCUAAUGCGUUGAACGCUUAUUUCUUGUAAGCGGUGGUGCUGAACGGAUAGCUCUCGGUGUUUCUGUGCAUUAGGAAGGGGUUGUGUUAGACUUUUCUUCUGCUUUGCAUUAGCGAUAUACUUCAUCGUGUUCCGAAUGGUUAGGCGUGCACGUGUUGUCCAGGCUUGAUGCCUUCUGGUUGAAUGGUUCUUCGGGUUUCAUGGCUGUGGCACGCAAAAUCAAAACUUUGCUGACUGUCAACAUUUUGGUUUUCGUGGGGAUUAUCUUGUUUUCGGUGUACUGCAGGAUCCAGAGCCGCUCUGAAGAGAUUGUGCAGAUCGGAAGAAGCUCUGAUCAAAGAGUCAGAAGCAGGAAUGGCAAAGUUUCUAAUCUGGUGGACAGACAGUCCAUACUCCAGAGACUUGAGCACCUCGAGGACGUGGUCUACAACCAGUUAAACGGUCUUGCCAAGCCGAUGGGUCUUGUUGAAGGACCGGGGGGACUAGGCCAGGGUGGAGCAGCUGCCACCCUAAGGGAUGACAGCCAUGAGUCAGAAAGCAAGUAUGAGGAGUAUGGCUACAAUGCCCAGCUCAGUGAUAGAAUAUCACUGGAUAGGACUAUUCCGGACUACAGACCAAAAAAGUGCAAGCAAAUGGCUUACCCUGAUGACCUCCCUCAGAUUUCUGUGGUCUUUAUAUUCGUAAAUGAAGCCUUAUCGGUGAUCUUGCGAUCUGUACACAGCGUGGUCAAUCACACACCUGCACACCUGCUCAAAGAGAUCAUCCUUGUUGACGACAACAGUGAUAGUGUGGAAUUAAAAUUCAACCUCGACCAAUAUGUCAACAAAAGAUACCCAGGCCUGGUGAAGAUUGUGCGCAAUAGUAAGAGAGAAGGUCUAAUCCGAGCUAGGAUUCAUGGAUGGAAAGCAGCAACAGCACCCAUUGUUGGGUUCUUUGAUGCCCAUGUGGAGUUUAACACAGCUUGGGCUGAGCCAAUUCUGACCAGAGUGAAGGAAGAUCACACCCGCAUUAUUCUGCCAGCUAUUGACAACAUCAAGUACAACACAUUUGAGGUGCAGCAAUAUGCCAAUGCUGCACAUGGCUAUAACUGGGGGCUGUGGUGUAUGUACAUAAUCCCACCUCAGGACUGGCUGGACAAAGGCGAUGAGACAGCUCCUAUCCGGACUCCAGCGAUGAUUGGCUGCUCAUUUGUGGUCAACAGAGAAUAUUUUGGAGAAAUUGGACUUCUGGAUCCAGGAAUGGAAGUUUAUGGAGGUGAAAAUAUUGAACUGGGCAUGAGGGUAA